CAUCGACCUUGCCAUACCAGGGUUUUACCUGGCAUCCUAUUCAUAAAAUGGCUCUCUUCAAGGACACCACCUUUGGCUUCCUUAUGCGCAACAUUUCCGGUGGCAGACUUUUCCCAUACGAAGAUUAUUACAAUGAGGAACUCCGUGAGAGUUGGUUCAACGCUGGACAGAUCAAGGAUGAAGAGUCCUCUGACGACGAGGAAAAGAAUGGAGCCAAGGGCAAAUAUUUGCUCAUCGACUUCCUUGAGAACGACCCCGACAACCCGCUCAACUGGUCCACUGGCAAGAAGUGCUUUGUGACUUUCUGUCUCUGCUUCCUGACUCUCUCUAUCUACAUCGGAUCCGCCAUCUACACUUCUGGUCUACCAUUCUUGACGGAGGCCUUCGGCGUCUCCACUGAGGUCGUCACCAUUGGUCUGACUCUUUACGUUUUGGGCUACGGUAUUGGACCUAUGAUCUGGUCUCCUCUCUCGGAAAUUCCCCAGAUCGGCAGAAACCCCAUUUACAUCGGCACUUUGGUUGUCUUUGUCUUCUUCAACUUCGGAGUCGUGUACGCAAAGAACAUCGGCAUGCUGCUCGCCUUCCGUUUCCUUACUGGUUUCUUCGGUUCUCCCGUCCUUGCUACAGGAGGUGCUUCGCUGGCAGACAUUUUCCCCCCCGCCAAGCGUGCCUAUGCUCUUUCCAUCUACGGUAUCGCCAACAUCAUGGGUCCCACCAUUGGUCCUGUCGUCGGUAACUGGGCUGCUCAGUUCGAAGGCUGGACUUGGCCGAUCUGGAUUCUGAUUUGGAUUUCUGGCCCCUGCCUCGUCUUCUUGAUCUUCUUCUUCCCAGAGACCUCGGCAAACAACAUCCUUUACCGCCGCACCAACCGCCUCCGAAAGUGGCAGGAGAAGAACAACGGUCUGGAAGGCAAGCCUUACGACAAGAUCAAGUGCCAGCCUGAGAUCAUGGGUGAAAACAUGUCCGGUGCCGACAUGGCCAAGAUGACUCUCGUCAAGCCUUUCUCCCUCACUUUGACCGAGCCCAUCGUCUUCGCACUUAACCUGUACAUUGCUCUCAUCUACGCUGUACUUUACUGCUGGCUGGAGUCGAUUCCCAUCGCCUUUGAACAGGUUUACGGAUUCAGUCUCGGCAUCACUGGACUCUGCUAUCUCGGUAUCUGUGUUGGUGGUCUCAUCUGCAUUCCUCCUUACUGGUACUACAACUACUACUACGUCGAGAACCGCUUCUCGGAGGAUGGUACUCUUCGUCCCGAGAUCAGACUGGAGCCUGCCUUGGUCACUUGCUUUGCUCUACCUAUCUGUCUGUUCAUGUUCGGCUGGACCGCUCGCGUGGAUGUCCACUGGAUCGUUCCCAUCAUCGCGACCGCCUUCUUCACCAUCGGUGCCUUUGGUGCCUUCUCUGGCGUCCUCAACUACCUCGGUGAUGCUUACCCUGCGGAAUUCGCCUCCAUCUCAGCCGGAAACGACUUUUUCCGCUCAUGCUUCGGAGCAGCCUUCCCUCUGUUUGCCCGCCAGAUGUUCAGCACUCUUGGCCUGAACUGGGGUAACUCUCUACUUGGUUUCUUGACCAUUGUCUUCAUUCCGGUCAUCUUCGCCUUGUGGUGGAAGGGUGACAGAUUGAGAGCUCGCAGCAAGAAGGCUACUCAAGAGUACUUGAGCAAGAAGGAUGAGGGCAAGAAGAACAAGAACAAUGAUGGCGAGAAGAGCGAUGACGAGAAGACUCAAGUUGGCAGUGACGAGGACAAGGAGAAGGACAAUGCAUAAAGGAACAUGCUAUUGACACGAGCGACGAUAUAGACUAAUUUGUAAUAUAUAACGAUAACGACU